AUGCAUCCAAAACACAUGGAGGUUAUAACCAGAAACGAUCAACUACAAGCCGUCUUAUUCGCCGCCGGCACGGCGGUGGUAUUCGCCUGUCUUGAACGCGCCGUCGUAGUGUCUAUAUUCAAGCAGUGGCAUAUGUGGGUCUUCCUCGCACUCAACCUCUUGCUCAUCGCUAUACUCUUCACAUCAACACACCCACCUCGAAAUUCCUCAAACCCACCUUCAAAAUCUCAAGAAACCGACGGAACAAGCAAGACAGAGCCGCCGGCGCCGGCGGCGGAGGCUAACCACCAUGAAGACGUCUUUGACGACGGUGAAGAUGAGUUAAAGUUGAGUAAUGAAGAGAGAGAAGAGUGUAAUUUUGAAGAAGAAGAAGACGAGAAAUCGUCGAGUUUAUUGUCGAAUGAUGAGUUAAACGAGAGAGUGGAGGCUUUCAUUUCAAGAUUCCGGCAACAGUAUCUGGUUUCCGACGUUAAGAUCAGUAGAACCAGAUAA